AGACAAGGGUUCAAGAAAACAUUCGAGUUCUGCUUCUCGGCAUCAACAAGUUCGCGUUGAGCACCGCCCUCGAUGACAGUCCAAUUACAAGAAUCGCAUGGAGUCCGACUCGCGGUCGAAGGCUGCGGCCAUGGCACACUCCACGCCAUCUACGCAUCAAUCGAAGAAGCUUGCAAACAAAAGGGUUGGCCUGGAAUCGAUUUGCUCAUCAUCGGCGGAGACUUUCAGUCUGUACGAAAUGCCUACGAUCUGAAUUGUGUCAGCAUGCCACCGAAAUAUCGGUCCAUGUGUGAUUUCCACGAAUACUACUCUGGCCAACGGACUGCUCCCUACUUGACAAUCUUCGUUGGCGGAAACCACGAGGCGAGUAACUACCUGUUCGAGUCGUACUACGGAGGUUGGGUCGCGCCAAACAUCUACUACAUGGGUGCUGCGAAUGUGCUACGACUUGGUCCACUCCGAAUUGCUGGGCUGAGUGGGAUCUGGAAGGGAUUCGACUAUCGCAAGCCACAUUUUGAGCGACUGCCGUACAAUGAGUCUGACCUGAAGAGCAUCUAUCAUGUUCGAGAACUGGAUGUGCGGAAAUUGCUACAGAUCCGAACACAAGUCGACAUCGGAGUCAGUCAUGACUGGCCUCAGGGUAUUGAGUGGAAGGGCAACUGGAAGAGACUUUUCAGCAAAAAGAGUCACUUUGAAGACGAUGCAAGAAGCGGGAAAUUGGGGAGUGUUGCCGCGAAGCAGGUACUGGAACGACUACGACCGAGGUAUUGGUUUUCCGCGCAUUUACACUGCAAGUUUGCUGCUGUGGUACAGCAUGAACGCCACAAUGCGACACUGCCGCAGCAGACUGCGCCUUCCGGUACUAGCUCAUUCGCUGUGCCAGCGAAUAACGGAGACGAGGUCGAUCUCAAUGGUGCAGAAGCCAUUGACCCCGCUCCACCUGCUAAGAAUGACGACGAGAUCAAUCUCGACCUCGACGACGAACCAGAGGCGGUGGUAGAGAAAUCCAUUGCUGCUACAAGGCCCGUCAAUAAUGACGAGGUUGAGUUGGACCUUGACGACGGUGACAGCGCGCCUGUUGGAACAGCUGGCAAUCGGUCCCAAAGUGAGAAGGACCAGACAGAAGAAGAGGCACGUCUGGCUGCAGCGCGAGCUGCGUUGCCUGCUUCUUUCGCACCUCGCAAGCAACCCGAACCGAUCGAACACCCUCCCGAGAUCACCAAUACCGAGACAUGCUUUCUCGCGCUCGAUAAAUGUCUACCGAGCCGUGAUUUCCUGCAGCUCCUGGAUGCCUCAACUGAGCCAGUGCACGAUCGUGAGCGACCACUCAAGCUUCACUACGAUCGCGAGUGGCUUGCUAUAACACGUGCAUUUGCUCAGAGUGAACCGACAGUGGUUGGGAACCCAGAUGCCAAAGUACCGUUUGCGAAGACAGAAGCGGAGUACAAGGAGUUGAUUGAGAACGAGCGCAAGUGGAUCGAUGCGAACAUCUCCGACGAGAAACUUGUAGUUCCCGAGAACUUUGUUGUGACCGCACCAGUGUACGAUGGCGGCGAUUUCCGCAGCCCACAGUACCAGCAGGUGAAGGAGUUUCCUAAUCCUCAGACAGCAGCGUUCUGCCAACUUCUGCAAAUUCCCAACGCGCUCGAAAUAAGUGAGGAGGAGAUUGCGAGUCGACUCCAAGCUGGUCCUCGUCCAGAUACAGAGUUCCAUGGGGGGCGAGGUCGCGGGAGAGGAGGCUUUCGAGGCGAUCGCGGCGGACGUGGGAGAGGGCGCGGCGGUGGCAGAGGCAGAUUUCGAGGCCGAUGAUUUAAGAGACAUCGAUGGACCGGUCUCCCCAAUAGCGCUGUAUCGGUUCCAGAAUCGGACCGGGUGUCUGAGUAGACACCACCCGACGCCUCCCGCACUAUGCGCUGGCGGGUUCGAGAAAAUUGGAAGCCUGUCAAGACGCUCGACCUCACCGCCCACCUCUACCUCUUCCUCUACCACCUCUCCCGCCCCCACGAUCACCUCUCUUUC